AUGAAGCUGGCGAUAAGUAUAGGAGUGGCCGCAGCAGUGCGCUUCCUGCUGAUGAAUUCUCGCUACUCGCAAGGGAUACAAAACCGGGUGGAAGUAUCUACACCGAUAAAUGCAUGGAAACGAGUUGAGGAAGGUGCAUAUCUGUAUGCGAACGGAAUCAAUCCCUACGAUGGAGACGUGUAUCAUAAAAAUCCAAUUAUUCUGCACACUUCUCGCUGGCUGCUAGAUAAUGUCCCAAGUGCCAUUCCGUCCCUGUUCAUCCUGCUGGACGUGCUGACGGGGAUCUUGCUGCUGCUAGCGGCACGAGUAUUUAUCCGCGAAAUGUAUGAAAAACAACGAAACGAAAUGAAUACGUACGCGAAGGACACGGAUGAGCUCCAUCUUGUCGAGGCGGAUCUGCACACGGUUCCGAUGUCUGUCGGGUUUGCUUACCUGUUCAACCCGUACACCAUUCUAAACUGUGUCGGACAGACGACGACCGUGUGGAGUAACUUCCUGCUGGCCACUUUUCUGUACGGGCUAUCGCGUCGUCAACGGCUGGUCUGUUUUCUGGCGCUUGCACUCGAAACGCAGAUUAAUCUAUACCCAUUUGUGUUACUCGCACCGGGCGCACUGCACAUUGCCAAUCACCAAACCGGGACGGGCGCCAGUGGGAGCAGAUUUCGCAGCAUAACGACCAGCUGCCUCUUAUUUGCAGGCUUAUUUACAGGAGUUAAUUACUUCGGCAGCUUUUUGAUGGGUGGAGACUGGAGUUUCCUAGAUGCCACGUAUGGCUUCAUCAUCAACUGCCGCAGCUUACAACCAAAUAUUGGGUUGUUCUGGUACUUCUUCACGGAAAUGUUCGAUCACUUCCGGACGCUGUUCCUGUACUCGUUCCAGAUCAACGCCACGCUGCUGUACCUGUUUCCGCUCACGUUCAAGCUGCACAAGGAACCGAUCAUGCUGGCAACGAUGCUGAUCGGGCUGGCGGCCGUAUUUCGCUCGUAUCCGUGCGUCGGCGAUGUUAGCUUCUACCUUGCCCUCAUUCCGCUGUGGAAAUCGAUUUCCAUGUUCAUGAAGAACAAUUUCAUCGUCGGUGCAACGAUGCUGGUGACGAGUGUGCUCGCUCCGACCGUGUGGCACCUGUGGAUAUACAACAAUUCAGCGAACGCCAACUUUUACUUUGGUGUGACGCUCAUUUUCUGCACAGCCCAGAUUUUCCUCAUUACCGAUCUCUUCUUUGGGUACAUCAAGCGAGAGUUCUGCCUAAAGCACGGCAUCCGAGUGUUGGUGGAUGGAAAGGAGGCCCGAAUUACGUUGGAGUAUUAA